GUGACGGCUGUCAGUGUACGUGGACUUCUUCCUUCUUUGAUACAUGAGUUGCGAUACCCUCGACUGCAUUCUGAUACAUGGUGCUGUUGUAGAUCACCCCACGGGGAAGUUCAUCUGAGCGCCCAGACAAACCUGCGGGGAUCACAGCCAAGGCAGCUAUCAUCGCCACUACCACCCCUCAUGGAUUACAACAGAGAGCCCAAGGCAGACGCCGAAGCACAAUCCCCCACACGAGCAUCGUUGGGCGUAGAUGGCGAUGAUAGAUCGGACUUAUCGCUGUCAGACGAAAAAGGGGCACGCCACUUGAUAUGGAAGAUAGACAUCCACAUCAUCCCCUUCGUUAUUCUUCUAUACUUAUUCAGCUUUUUGGAUCGAGUUAACAUUGGCAAUGCCCGCUUGUAUGGCAUGGAAGAAGAUCUAGGCCUAGUGGGCAAUCAGUAUCAGGUCGCAGUAUCCAUUCUGUUUGUUACCUACUGCCUGUUCGAAGUCCCAUCCAACUUGGUGAUCAAGAAACUCAGGCCCUCGCGGUACAUUGCCUCAAUCUCAAUCAUCUGGGGCAUUCUAGCUACCUUGACAGGUAUUACGCAGAGUUAUGGCGGGUUGAUUGCCUGCCGUGUACUUUUAGGUGUUGUCGAGGCUGGGCUCUUUCCUGGAUUGAUGACUUAUCUCACGCUGUUUUACAGCAAGCGAGAGAUCGCACUCCGGACUGGUUAUUUGUUCAGCAGCGCCGCGGCCGCCGGUGCCUUCGGGGGUCUUCUUGCGUACGGCAUUGGCUUCAUGGAUGGCGUCGCGGGGCUACGGGGCUGGAGAUGGAUCAUGAUCAUCGAGGGGUUUCCCACCGUCAUCCUGGGGGUUUUGACCUGGUUCUUUCUCGCCGACGAGCCUGAUACAGCGUACUAUCUCGACGAAGACGAGAAGGCUAUGGUCGUCCGUCUGCGCCGUCGCCAUGUCGGCCAGACUCCGUCCGCGCAGAAGUUCCACUGGGCGGAUGUGAAGGAGGGCGCGUUGGACUGGAGAAUCUAUGCAUUCUGCAUCGCCCAAUUUGGAGUCGACACGAUGCUCUACGGCUACAGCACUUUUCUGCCCACAAUCAUCAAGGGAAUGGGCAAGUGGUCCACUGCUGAAGUUCAGGCACUGACCAUUCCGUGCUAUGCGCUUGGCGCCAUUGUGUAUCUACUGAUCGCUUGGCUCAGCGAUCGGACUCAGCGCCGUGCGAUAUUCGUUUGCAUCUUCGCUGUGAUCUCUGUGGUCGGGUACGGGGUUCUGAUCUCCGAUUCAUCUUCCGGGGUACAUUACUUCGGCGCACUGCUUAUUGCCUUGGGGCUAUAUGUGACCGUGGGGCUGCCGCUUGCAUGGCUACCAACCACACUGCCGCGAUAUGGGAAGCGGACCUUUGCGACGGGUCUACAGCUGACGUUUGGCAACAUCAGUGGCGUCAUGUCGCCUUUCCUGUACAAAACUGAGGAAGCACCGCGCUAUGUUCGAGGCAAUGCGGUCACGCUCGCGCUGGUUGGCUUUGCCGGGGUGGUCUAUGGGCUCAUGUGGUGGUACUAUCACUGCAAGAAUAAGCGAAGACAACAGGGCUUGGAAGACAACAAGGUUGCGGGCAUGACUGAUGAAGCCAUUGAAGAGCUAGGAGACAAGAGUCCUCGGUUUGUGUAUAGCACUUGACCGAUAUCAUAUAAUUUUACCUUUUUGACGCGGGUACAUAUCAUUCGAAGGUUAUUUCGCUAGUGAGUAGAACAUAAUGAACACCAA